AUGUUCUCUCAACUUGCAGCUUCCAAGAGCGAUCAGGCCACUGUCAUCACCAAGCCUGCCAUGCAAGAGCAUAAUGAUGUUGUUCUGGAGCAAAAUCACCCAGAUAAGCCAGACCACCAAGACUGCCCAGAAUUCCAGGCGGCCAAGAAGCACGAAGCCUUCUUGCAGCUAAUCCGCGAAUCGCCGGCAUGGAUGGCUGACAAGUAUUUGAACGGCCUCUCCGACCCAGUGCGCCGAGAUUUCGACGAAACUACCGACAAGACUAAACGAUACUGGGCGCAACAUCCCGACUUUUUCUUGCUCCAUUUUGGUAACUCUGGAUCAAGCUCUGAGGCAUCCAGUGGGAAUCAGUCAACGCUGCCGACGCAGGUUUCGUCUGAUCUUGCUGAAGAUGAUGGGCACGUUGAUCACAAGACAUUUAUCCACGCACCAAGGCCGCGCCGCGAACAGCGGAUCGCCGCCAACUUGGAGGAAAUGAUCGAACAGGCCGAGGCCUACGAUCCAAUCUCCCCUGCUACCUACGAAGCUGUCCACAACGCGCCCGAGAGGACGUUGAGGCAGCCUGACAACUACCAGACGUACCAGAGCGGGUGGCAACAACGUCUAUACGCAUUGUGGUGGGGACAUCAGAACUACGCUCAGCCAGCGUUCGCCCAUGGAUAUCCCGGGGAGUAUACACGGUGGUCGCAGGGUCAACAAAUACCUCCUUAUGAGCAAUGUCAGCCUCAACCACCACCAGGAUACUUACAAUACCAUGCUACCCAGUCGAUGUAUAUGCCUGGGUAUCAUGCUCAGUACCAGCAGCAGUAUAUCCCAUGGCAGCCAGGAUUUGGCUACUACAGACAGUUCCCAGUACAAAGGCCAGCAUAUGCGGCACAUCAACGCCCGCGAUUUAACACUUAUGCGGAUGAGAUGACAUGGAUGGGCUUCGCACGUUGA